AUGUCAAUCAACCUGCAGAAAAUUAUGUAUGCAAUCAUGCAUAGCGAACAAUCAACCAGCAUUGAGAUCUCAAUUAUACGGGAAGCAGUACAGCCAAUGUUCCCUCUUCCUAAAAUGUCGCCUUCUCCCAGCUGCAUGCAAAUAUGCUCUUCAAAUUGCAUGACAGAGUAUAAUACAUGGCAAAAUAAACCAUCCCCACUGUGUCAAAAAGGUUGCAAGGAAUUAUGUACACAAUUAUGUGGAAUAGGUUAUUUGACAGUUGCGCCAGCAGAGGCUCUGGAAGUAAUGUCAAGGUCACAAGAUCAACUGGCAAUUUCAAGCAAACAGUCCACUGGAUUGCAUCUCGCAGUGCCCACAAAUCUGUGCAGCGAAUUGCCAUGA